UCUAGCUUAAUAUAAGCGCGGGGGUUUAGUCCCUUCAAAAUCAGCAGUCAGCUGAUAUGAUGCAGGUACCGUUUGAUAGUACAUCUCUGGACUUACAUGGGAAUUUUCAAAUUCGAGAUACUUGUCAACUUAAUCCUCAGGUUGGGAGCUAUCAAACUAUGCAUCCUUCCUUUUCCUCCUCGAUGUAUCCAUCUAUCGAACAAACGAUAAAUUCGGUAAACACCGAUGCUUUCAGGAAAGAAUAUAACUAUGAUGCGGAACUUCAAAGACAAAUUCUUCCUUCUCUUACACUAAAUAAUUUUGGCUUGCAUCAUUCAUCUUCCAGCCCUGUAAGUUCUGUUCCUCCUAUUGCAUACUCACCUGGAAUAUGUUCGAAUCCAUACGUACAUCAAACGUUUUCUAGUGCUGCUUCACCAUCUGCCUCAACUAACAUACAAGAUCAAUCAAGUGGUUCAAACAUUAAAAGACGUACUCGUGGAAGAAGCUCUAGAAUUAGUGUCACUGACAGUUCAUCGGUAAUCGAUGACAAACCGGUAUCACUGAGUACGAAAGACUCACAAAUAGGCUCUUCAGACUGCAAUUCUGACUGUAGUACUGUAACUAGAUCCUCCGAAAAAAUGAAAAUGUCGGAUAAGGACGAACGUUAUAUUCAACGUAGACUGAAAAACAAUUUGGCAGCUAAACGUUCCAGAGACAAUCGCAAACGCCGUGAAGAUACUAUAGCAUUACGUGCUAGUUAUCUUGAAAAAUCCAAUUUGGUACUACAAACUCAGAUAUUAGCUCUGAAAAGAGAAGUUUGUUUAUUACGUGGUAUACCUUUUGAUCCUAACUACAAAGUUCGUGUUUUUAAUGAUAAUUAUGUAUCUUCUUGUCAAACUACCCCACAGUCUACUAUUUCUACUGAUUUUUCAAAUGACUGUCCUGUGCCAACUUUCUCUCCUAUUCCAUGUUCAAAUCAGACUUUAAACUCGAAUAUUCCUUAUUCUUCAAUCACUGAAUUCUCUGGAAAUUGUAGGUGAAUGUAUAUUAACUGUUUCUGUAUUGUAUAUUACACAGAGCUUUCUAUUUAUUCAUUUUUGAUAGCAAUUUUUCUUUUAAAAAGAUAACUUAACUUUUUCAUAUUGCACCGACUGUAUGUUUCAGUCGUAAUUCUAUGUAUCUGUAUGAAUAUUUUGCAUUUUUUGAUACAAACUAUCUAGUCUUCCUAAUUUUCUUAGUUACUAAUCGAUCGUUAUUUGCUCAAUUCAUUACAAUUUGUAUUAUGUGAAUAAUGUCUUACUUGUUUACUAGUAAUGUAAAUGGGUUCAUAUGAAAU